AUGUAUCAACUGGAGCAAGACCAUCCGUGUGUAAUUCGACUUAUUCGUCGCAACUAUUUGCUCCAACCAGCACCAAAAAAUCUUCCGUAUCGAUUGGAUCACCCCGAAUCGCUAGAUCCUUCCGAUGGACAAUCGCAGGCCAUUUUGCAAAUUCUGCAGAAUACAACCAACGGCUUUUUCAUCGAGUGCGGUGGUUACGACGGCGAGUUCCUGUCAAACACUUUGUACAUGGAGCGAUCACUUGGCUGGACAGGAUUGCUCAUAGAAGCCGAUAAAAAAGCUUUCAACCAGCUCAAAUACCGCAACCGUAAAGCUUACACUUCACCAGUUUGUCUCAGCACGAAACCUUACCCCAUGCGAGUUGUGUACAAUGCCACUGUAGGAAGCCUUAGUUCUAUCCUUGAGGUUUCAAACAGUACCAGCAAAACAGGCCACGGAGCUGUAAACAAUAAUAUAGAUGCAAACAAUGACAAAAUAUACGAAGUUCAGUGCUUUCCAUUGUAUUCCAUAUUGCUGGCUGUGGGCAGAACCGACAUAGACUACUUCGGUUUGGACGUGGAAGGUUCUGAAUACAAAAUUUUACGAACCGUACCUUGGCACAAAGUUUACAUAAAGACGAUGACAGUAGAGUGGAACCACACUCCUGAAGGUGAACCCGCAAUAACUCGGCUGAUGGAGGACAACAAAUUCAUCAAAUUCGGUUUGAUUUCAAUGCCAUACUCACGUGAAGUAGUCUACGUUCGAGAUUUUCUCGACGAGUACAGAAAGGACAAAGACUAG